UGUUUGAUCCUGUCUUCUCUGCCCAUCCUCUUGUUGAAAUGACCACCUGAUGCAGACUGAAUCCAUAGUCACAUGUACGAGCUCAGUUUGCUUUUUUUUUUCUUGCGAGAGUGCAUGUGAUCAGUACAGGGCCAAUCAGCACUGUCCAGACAGAGGUCAGGGGUUUCACAUCCUCCUAGAGCAGAAAGAAAACUCCUCCUACAAGCUUUAACCAGUGCUCUGCUGAACAGCUGAAGUCACAAGACUGCUCUAACUUCUGACGAGAAAAGGUAUUUAGCAGUUUAUAUUUACUAAAAUAAUUGCAUUUCCAUGUUCUGUGUACUGUGGGAGAACAGAUAUACUGAAAGGAGGGUCCAGGGUUUAGUAACACUUAUA